AUGGCGACGACGUCCAAGAAGUACAAGAGACUGGUGCGCAGCAGAAACUACGUGGUGCAAUGCGUAGAACGACUAGACCAAUAUCUGCAAACUACAAAGGAAUUCGAUGAGCAAGCAGUCAGGGUUCGCAUGGAAAAAUCGGAGCAGAAAUAUACGGAAUUCGAGGAGAUUCAAAACGACAUCGAAGGCCUUGACGACAGUGAGGAGAACAUAGCAGACCACCAGCAACUUCGGGCUGAGUUCGAAGAAAAGUAUUACGAGCGACACUUGAAUGCCUUAUUCGGUUACACUCGGAUGAAGAGGGAAUCAGCGGCUGGUUUACACGAUCUUAUCGACUGUUUUGAACGUAACACGAAAAUUUUGGACCAACUGGGAGAGAAGACGAACGGUUGGGGAGCCAUGCUGGUCCAUUUGAUGGUGUCGAAACUGGACGACGUCAUGCAGAAACUAUGGGAGGAAAAUGUUACGCCGGACAAAGAGCCAUCUUUUGCAUCGUUGGUCGAAUUUCUCAAGAAGCAAACUAGAGUUUUGGAUGCGGUUUCGGUCGAUCAACAUAUGUUUUCAACGGCAACAUCGUUCAGUGGUAGCAAAUUCCGUCCCACUAAAGUUUCGGUCAACUCGGCGACCGAAAAUACUCCCUCAAACUGCUUCGCUUGCACAACUGUCGAUUGUCCUUCCAAAUAUCGAUGCAAAACGUGCUCGAAAAAGCAUCAUUCGUUGCUGCAUCCUGGUUUUCCUGGUUUUGGUUCUACUUCUAAUCCUAAUUCAACUUCAGUAGCGAGCAACGUGAAUUCUUCUGUUCCAACUACAACCGGUGGUGCUCUGAACUCUGGUGAAUCGGUUUCUAGUUCGGUGGCAUCAAUCUCUUCUAAUGUGGUGAUGGGGCAACCUAGGUCGCACACGUUUUUGCUAACGGUUUUGCUCAAGGUGAAAGACGUAUGGGGAAGGACCCACCAAGCAAGGGCGCUUCUGGAUUCUGGAUCACAGGUCAACUUGAUGUCUGAAAAUAUGUGUAAAUUACUGCAGUUAUCACGGCGGGACAAAAAGGUGGAAAUUACUGGAAUUGGACAAUCUCGGAGCCGUACAGCAUAUGAAGUUUCCACCACGAUUGCGUCUCGAGUGCAGAAUUUCUCAACGUCAAUGGAUUUCUUGGUUUUGGGGCAGGUCACCAGCGACCAGCCAUCUGUUUCGAUACCGCUAGCUCAUUUAAAACUUCCCCCUGACAUGGUCUUGGCCGAUCCCAGUUUCAAUGUUUCUGAACCGAUUGAUUUAAUCUUGGGUGCGCAGCAAUUUUACGAGUUUCAUGUACGCGAUGGUGGCCGGCUGCAAGUGCGAAAUUUCGACAAUACGCUACCAGUAUUCGUCAAUACGGUGUUCGGAUGGGUGGUGGCCGGCGAAGCUAAAUGCAUGAAGGAAUCAACACUGGUUAGCUGUCACAUAACGAAACUAGACUCUCUUGAAAAGGCGAUCGAAAAGUUUUGGAUAGUCGAAGAACUACCGGUUAAAACCCCCCGCUCUCAGGAAGAAGAGUACUGCGAAACACAUUUCGUGAACACACGCAAAAGUUGGAUGUACGGGGACUUUAUGAAGGAGUACAUCGAGUUAGGUCAUAUGAAAUGCAUCGGCGGCGUGGACGACCUUAGUCUCGACGAAGGUAAAACGGUCUGCUAUCUUCCACAUCACCCAGUUUUUAAAGAGUCGAGUACUACAACUAAAGUACGGGUGGUAUACAAUGGGUCUGCUAAAACUUCAACUAAUUUCUCUCUUAAUGACGCUCUACUAACUGGUCCCACGAUUCAAGACGACCUGCUCAGUUUGAUGCUCCGCUUCCGAAAACAUGCUAUAGUUUUGGUCGCUGAUGUUGCGAAAAUGUAUAGGCAGAUUCAGGUUCACUCAGACGACACUUCGCUUUCAUGCAUUCUCUGGCGCUUCAAUCCUUCGGAUCCAAUUCAGGUGUACGAGCUGCAAACUGUCACCUACGGUUUGGCCCCAUCGUCUUUUCUCGCCACUCGUGUCUUGAAGCAGUUGGCUAUAGACGGCAGCCAAAAAUACAAACUUGGAGCAAAGGCCGUAGAUGAAGACUUCUAUAUGGACGAUUUUCGCUCGGGGGCGGACACGAUCAAAGAGGCGAUUCAGCUUCAAAAGGAAGUUCAAGCCCUAUUGGCGGAAGGAGGUCUCGAUCUACGGAAAUGGUGUUCGAACUGCCCACAAGAGCUAGAAAAUUUGCCCACUGAAGCACUGGGAGGAGAAACCACCCUGCACUUUGAUCCCGAACAGAAAAUUAAAACGCUUGGAGUAGGGUGGACAACAGAAUCUGAUCAGCUUUGCAUCGAAGUACAGCAAAUUACUAACGACGGUUUUUGGACGAAACGGAACAUAUUCUCGGCGAUUGCGAAACUAUACGACCCGCUUGGAUUGGUGUCUCCUGUCGUAGCAUUGGCGAAAAUCAAAAUGCAGCAUCUCUGGCUAUCCACUGUCGACUGGAACGAUCCCGUUCCGAUGGAUAUUGCGACCAAAUAG